AUGAACAUUAUUGCAGCAUGUUGGACUUUUUUUAUAAUAGUUUGGUUGGACUUCCCAAUAUAUUAUCCUGUUCAAACGGACAAUAUGAAUUAUGCAUGCGUUGUACUUGGUAUUACCUUUAUUAUUGCAAUUUUACUUUGGUUCUUUCAUGCGCAUAAAGCUUUUGAUCAUGAUAUUAAUCAAACACAUAUCUAA